AUUACUAACCUGGGAGUCUAUAACAUAUGACCAAUACAGAUCUUGUUGUUUAUGUAUGAUUUGAAGACUUGUUUUCUAUUUGAGCUAAACAAGGGCAAGAGUUGCUGGAGUUGUUGAAAGUGGACUGUAAAUACUGUGACUCAUACUUAUAUUUUGUCCAUUCUGACUGAAAACAGAACUUGUAUUUUUAAAUUUAUGAAAGUUCAGAUGAGGCACUUUUGCUGCUUCAGUAAGAGACACUUUUAACUGAAGGCAACAGCUGCGCAAAGGAAUUUUGAAGAAUAUAAAAGAAGAUGCAAGAUUACGAUGAAGCGACUGCGUUUCUGGGAAAAUGGGGGCAUUAUCAAAUAACUAUUUUCUUUUUGCUCAGCAUCGGUAUAAUCCCAAAUGGCUAUGUGGGUCUGUCUAUGGUGUUUCUGGCUGAUACCCCUAAGCACCACUGCCGCCUGUCUAACUCUUCAAAUGUGACCUUGGAGGAAAGCUCCUUCACAAAUCUGAGUUUAUUGCUGCCCAUGGUUGAUGAGAAAGUGUACAGUAAAUGCUCAAGGUUCAAAACUCAGCUUCAAGAUGGUUUCAAUGAAACAACACUUGAGACGGAGCCUUGUUUGGAUGGCUGGGUGUAUAGCAAGGACAGAUACCUCUCAACCAUUGUCAGUGAGUGGGAUCUAGUAUGUGAUAACAAUUGGAAAGGUCCCUUUACCAUGUCAGUGACUUUUCUGGGAAUGACAAGUGGUGCGUUCAUCUCUGGACAUGUUUCAGACAGGUAUGGGAGGAAAAUUGUCCUUUUUGGAGCUAUGAUAAUACAAACAGUCUUGAGCUUCAUUCAAGUGGUUUCCUGGAGUUGGGAGGUGUUCUGCAUAUUGUGCUUUUUUAUUGGGUUUGGAGAUAUCUCAAAUUAUGUAGCUGCAUUUGUUCUUGGAACUGAACUCCUUGGUAAAGCUGAGAGGACUGCUUACUCGACACUUGGUGUUUGUAUGUUUUACGCUGUAGGCUACAUUAUUCUGCCAGUCUUUGCAUAUUAUAUCCGGGAUUGGAGGAUGUUACUGCUAGCUUUGACCCUCCCAGAGAUUCUAUAUAUUCCUUUUUGGUGGCUUAUACCUGAAUCUCCAAGAUGGCUGAUUGCUCAAGGUCGGGUGACUGAAGCAGAAAAAAUAGUGCAAGGUUUUGCUAAGAAAAAUGGCAUCACCCAUGUUGGGGUGAUAUUUCAGCAAAUCGAUACCAGAGAAUAUACGCUUCUGAAUCCCUCAGCUAGGGAAAAUCAUCCACAUAAUUUCUUGGAUUUGGUUAGAACUGCAAAUAUACGGAAUAUCACAAUUCUAUCUUUCCUUGUGUGGAUGACUACCUCCAUUGGGUACUUUGUUUUAACCCUGGGAACUCCCAACAUGCACGGUGACCCUUACCUCAACUGUUUUAUUUCUGCAAUCAGUGAAAUUGUCGCAUACACAGCUGCAUGGUGGAUGGUGAACCAUGCACCGAGACGACUAGCAACUGCUUCCAUGUUGAUCCUUGGUGGUGUGAUUCUGCUCUUCAUUCAAUUUAUUCCUCCAUCUCUUCAUGUUCUGACAACGGUCUUGGUGAUGAUUGGAAAGGCAGGUAUCACCAUAUCCUUCGCCAUUGUCUACGUUUUCUCUGCUGAGUUAUAUCCAACUGUGGUGAGAAACAUGGGGAUUGGAAUAUGUUCCAUGGGAUCCCGAGUUGGCAGCAUAAUCUCCCCAUAUUUUGUUUAUCUUGGGACGUAUGACAGGUUGUUGCCUUUCCUGCUUAUGGGCAGUUUCAUUUUAUUGGCAGGAAGUUUCUGUUUACUCCUACCUGAGACACGUGACCAACCUCUUCCUGAAAAUGUGCAGCAGGUACAGCCAGUCACAUGCUCCUGCUGUCCUGUUGGUUUCCAUCAUUCUGCAGCUAAUUCUACAAAGACACCCACACCUCAGGAAGUGCAAGUUCAGAACAACAGUGUUUACUUCUUGCCCGACAGCCAGCUGGACCAACCUAUGGAAUGAGGCUAGCUAGUACUCAUCUUGUGCAAGUAUAAACAGGCAUGAGAAGCAACAGUACUGAGACAGACAAGCACGAUAAGCGGAGAAGGAGCAACAAUUGAAAAGCAAAGUGGAAGUCUUCCAAAUCUUCUUGCAAUGCUAACAUUUCCAAAGACUUAGUAACUUCAGAAAAUUAACUCAACAAGUCUUAAAUGCAAAUAAAAAUGUGAAAAAUAUUCAACAGAAAAUCAAACGCUACUUGAAUAUAUGCAGUUUCACAAAAGUUAUCCAUGCGCAGAAAUUCAGUGACGCUCCAGAUGACUAGAUCGGACACGAGUCUGUCUGCUUUUAAUGCAAGCAUAAGUCUAGUUAUUGGAAAGUAAUCUCCCAUGGCAUUGGAGAGUCAAGAGUCAGGGACAAUCUUCAGCUACAACAGGAUGGGAGGACAGAGUUAAUUCAACCAGGAAGAUAGGUGCAAUACAGGCCCUAUUUUAAAGUCAUACUUUCUGUUCUUAUUUUAAAUAAUACUUUGAUUGUAUCUUGCUAUUUAUGGUAAGUAGCAAUGUAUAAGGAAAAAAGUGGAGUCACUUGAAGCUUUAGAGUUUAUCUGCACUCAGGUCUUACAGGAUGCAAAAUGUUAAGGUGCUACCAUGGCUGUGAGACUGUAAUAUUACGUCAUGACAUUUACAUGAGUGAUUUCGAUGAUAAAUAUGAUUUAAGUAUUUAGAAUGAGGAAGAUGAAAUCUAGAAAGAAAUAUGGUUUUUUCAGUCAGAAAAGGCAGAAUUGUAUUGUACUGUAUGCAAAUUAAUGCCUUUGCUAAAUUACUAUAUAAAGGAUUGUCAAUAUUAUUUUUAGUAUGGUCAGCAUUGUUUCUGGGUACUGGUAAUUUACUGCUGUAAAUGAUGAAAAAAUGAUAAUAAGAACCAGACUUUUUCAGCAAAAUAUAAUAGAGGUGCAACUUAGUUUUUGAAUUCUGUAUCUUUAUUGAACAUCUUACAAAGCAUCCUUCAAAGUGCUGGAGUUCUGUUUAUUCUGUGAUCUUGCUGCUGUGAUUGCUUUCUUACAGCUGGCUUACUCAUCCUUUCUUCAGAGCUUUUAAUUUGCACCAAUAUAAUUAGAUUGUGACUUGUAACCUCAUUCGUACCUUUCUAUGAAUUGUCUGGUUGCAGUGAAGAUGGAGCAAGUCAGUCUUUUUAGAAAAUCAGCAAUAGGCCGAAUGAUAAAACAUUCAAUGAACUAAGUGUUUGAAUCUUGAGUUUGUUACUUUAACAUACAUGUCUGCAAUUUAGAAGUAUUAAGUUUCACAAUGGGACUUCAAAAAAAUAAUGCAACCUGCUGUUUAUAUGAGAAAGUAUGGGCAUUUCUGGAAAACAAAUUUUGCAUAUUUUACAUGUCCACUUAAGGUGUGCCUAGGAUGGAUGUUUUCUCAUUGAUAAUAUAAUUUCCAAAGUAAUAUUCACAUUAGGAUUUUGCUUUCCAAUGCAUUUUAUUUUGUUCCAAUAAAUAACUGUAAUUCGUUUAAAGACUGAAUUAGUGCAGAACUCAAAGAAAUACCAUAAGCUCAACAGUAGGUAUGCAUUCUUCUAAGACACAAACACCAAAGAGAAAGGGGAAUUAACCAUGGUAAACACAACAAGUUAAAGAUUACCGUUAGAAAGAAGAAAGUGGCUUCCAUGCAUUGUAGGAAGAGUGGUAAGUCUGAACAUUAGGAUCAAUUUAUCCAGCAAAGGAGGGCCAAAGAAAAGGAAAAGAAAAAGAGAAUUGAAUGCAAGUUAGUGAGGAACAUAAAGAUGGACUGUAAGAACUUCUAUUUAUAUGUGAUAGGAAAUAGAUUAACAAGGAUAAAUGGGAGCACAUUACAGGUUGCGACAGAAGAAUUUGCAAUGGAGAACAGGGAAAAUGUGGAGAAACUGAACAGUUACUUGGCAUUUGUUUUCUGUAUUCAUUGAAAAAUAUACGGAAAAUCUCUCAGAAAUACUAGAUAACCAAGAGAAUUUGAGUCUCCGAAGAGUGAAAUGUAAUUAGUAUUAGUAAAGAGGUAGUAUUUGAAAAAAAAACUGGAUUGAACAUUGAUAAAACUCUUAGAUCAAAUUGACUUCCAUUCCAGAACAUUGAAGGAAAUAAUAGAUUGAUACAAAUGGAUGCAUUAGCAUUUAUCUUUCAUAAUUCAAUAGAUUAUACAGGGGUUCCUGCUGACUGGAAGACAAAUGAAACCCAGUAUUUAAUAAAAGAUGAAGAAGAGGAGUGGAGAACUACAGGUCUAUUAGCUGUAGGUCUGUUAGAUUGCUAUCCAUCGUACCAAAAAUGUUAUAAACUGUUAUAAAGACAAGGAAACAUUUAGAAAAGAAUGGCAAACUUGGACAUAGUCAGCAUGAAUUUAAGAAAGGAAAUCAUGUUUAACAACCUUGUUGGAAUAUUUUGAAGAUAUUAAUUGCAGCAUUGAUAAAGGAGAACUAGUUGAUGGGAUGUAUUUGGAUUUACAGAGGACUUUUC